AUGAAAGCCUCACUACUCCUGUCACUCCUCCCUGUCACCCACGCCGCUGUCAUUGACACCCGUCAAUCCAAGACAGGCGAUGGCAAGCAAGGUGAUACGGACGCCACCCAGGGAGAUCUCAGCCAAAGGCCACCACCGCGCUUCCCCUUCCCUAUCACCAAGUUCCCUGUUGCAAAGGAGACAGUUGUCCUCAAGAAUGCCAAGUACAUUAUGCCUGGUGAGGUCUUUGAUGGCAAGAUGAAGCGCUACGAACGACCCGAGGGAAGCUGUAACGAACAAGCUGAAGGCACUGAUGCUGAUGCUGUCUUUAACCUGUUGCCUGGCUCUACCAUCCGAAAUGUUAUCAUCGGAAAGAACCAAGCUGAAGGUAUUCAUGCUUUGGGUGAUGCCUGGGUUGAGAAUGUCUGGUGGGAGGACGUUUGCGAAGAUGCUCUUACCUCAAAGGGCCUAAACACCCAGUUGAGGGUCAUUGGCGGUGGAGCCCGCAGCGCAACAGAUAAGAUCUUUCAAGAUAACUCGCUGGGUGGCAAGUAUAACAUCACCGGCUUCUACGCCGAGGGAUUCGGAACAUUCUACCAGUCUUGCGGAAACUGCCUCAACCAAGCCAAGCGCAACGCCACGAUUCAGAACGUCAUUGCCGUUGACGGUCUUAGAAUGGGAAUCAUCAACCCCAACUUUGGCGACGAAUUCCGUCUCAAGAACGCCCAGAUCGACAAUGUCACCAGUAUCGUGGACAAGGAAAUCGGCAACAAUGUGCAGACAGUCCCAUACUAUAUCGGAAACGGGCCUGAUGAGAAGUAUGCUUUGUAUAAUGAGACGAGGGAUAACAUUACAAAGUUCAAGGGCAAGAUUACGAAUGUGUAUGAGCCUGAGGAUCCUUAUGAGUGGCUUGAGGAGUUCUGGCCUGAGGGUUUUAACUAA